AUGCAACUCGAUGCCUUCCGCAAAGCCACCGUCAAGGGCGUCGCCACCCGCGUCGGUGGCGCCGACGUCAAAAAGCUCAAAAUAGAACUCGCCCGCGCCAUGGGUGAGCGCUGCGUCGACGCGCUGCUGAAAAAGGGCGCGAGCGUCGACAGCAUUCGCAUGUCGAACCGCGCCUUAGUGUACGUCGUGGACGGUGUUCCGCUCUUCUUCGACCCCUCGGGCGGGCGAUACGAGAUGUUUCCCACGGUGUACGCCCUGUGGGCGCUCGGCGACGCGCACGCGCUCGCGCGCGUCGAGACGCACAGCGAGGUGUCGCCGAAGGUGUUGGGCGGCGCUGACUUGAUGCUGCCGGGCGUCACGAGCGACGUCUCUGCUUGGACGGAGAACGAGUUAGCGGCUGUCUACGUGACCGGGAACGACAUUCCGUUCGCGGUCGGAGUGAUUGGGUGCGACGCCGCGCGCGCGGUUGCGAGCGGGAUGAAGGGCGUCGGCGUGCGGCUCGCGCACGCGUACGGAGACGCGGUGUGGGCGUUGGGGGACAAAUCGGCGCCCUCCGCGGCGUUCUCGCGAGGAAGGAUUUACAAGACGGGAGAAGUGGCGCCGGAGACGCCGGCUUUGAUUUUGGAGGAGGAUAAGGCGCCCGAGACGGUGGCGGCGGCGAUUGGCGCGAUGACGUUGAGUGAGACGGCGCCAGGCGCGGAAGAGGAAGAAAUUCACGACGUGAGCACUCCUGAAAAGAUGGACGCGAUGCUCGAGCGAUGCUUCGCGAUCGGGGCGAACAAGGUGAGCGAUGCGGAAUUGCCCAUGCGAUGUGAGAACUUUUACGCGAACUUUGUGCUUCCCGCGCGACCGGAGGGCGUGCAGCUCGACUUGAAGCACUCGACUUAUAAGAAGCAGGCAAAGUUAUUCAGCGUCAUGGAGAAGAAACACAAGUUGAUCAAAACAAAGUUGGUGCAUAAGAUUGAGAAUAUCGUUGCCAUCGAGCGCGAGCACGCGUUGUUAGCCAAGUACGCCGUCGCGUCUACGCCGGAGGUUUCGAUCGAGUCGGACGCAAUCGCGCCGCCGAUCGGCUCGGCGACGAUCGAAGUGCAGAAGCGGUACAGGGCUUCCACAAUGUAUCGUCCUAUCUUUGGACAGUGGGCGAUCGAGAAUAAGGAACGGCUUUACACCAAGACCGAGGCGCACGCCGCGUUGUCGAAAUACGUCGUCGCCAACGCGCUCGGCGAUGGCAAGCCCGGGAGCGAAGUAAAGCUCGAUACUUUACUUGGGAAGGAAUUAUUCAACAAGAAAGAGGUUGAGUACGGUACGGACUCCCUGUACCCGCUCGAUGACCUGUUCGAACGUCUCAUCGGUAAGCUUCAGCCCCACGUUGUGGUGCAAUCGACGCGCAACGGCGAGACGACAGAGUUCGUGAAGAAGGGCAGUCUCAAGCCAAUCGUCAUAAAAGCAGAAGACCGUGGACGUCGUAAAUACAUCACGCGAAUCAGUGGCAUGGAGACCUUUUGCAUUUUGCCUGAAGAACUCGCCGCGAUCUUGAAGAAGGAGUUCUCCGCAUCCGUCUCGAUCGACGAUUUACCGGGCAAGCACGAUCACGGAAAGGAACUCUCCAUACAGGGCCACGUCGUCAUCCAGCUCGCGGACUUACUCCGUAAGAACAUGGGCGUGCCCGCAAAGUUUAUCGACGCGCAAAACUAA